AUGCUUCUUACUCCUAUAGCUUACUCUGCACAUUUUUCUUUCGUUUCAUUGUACUCUACGGAAGUAUGGUCGUGCAACCAGCUCGAACCUCCUGGACCUUCGGACUGCUCCAUCGCAAGUGCAUGCGGGUCUACUGCCCUUGCGGAAUGGAUGGACACAACUCGCACUGAUCUCAUUGAUGCUGCCAAGAUUGUUUUGAUCCAAAUUUGA